AUGGCGUCUGUACAAUCAGUCAUCCCGGAGUUCGAGGCCGCAAGCCAGAAGUACGCGGCCUCCUUUGACAAGGGGAGCCUGCCUAUGCCACCAGGACGAAAAGUCAUUGUUCUGGCAUGUAUGGAUGCGCGUUUAGACCCCGCAAGACUGCUGGGGCUUGAAGAGGGCGAUGCCCAUGUCAUCCGCAACGCCGGCGGCCGUGCCGCAGACGCAAUCCGCUCUGUGAUUAUCUCGCAGCAGCUUCUCGGAACUCGCGAAAUAGUCAUCAUUCACCACACCGAUUGCGGCAUGCUCACUUUCUCCGACAGUGAUCUCAAGUCCAAGAUCAGACAGGAUCUAAAUGAAGAUGCGGACCAUAUCGCAUUCCUUGCAUUCACUGAUGUGAAGAAGAGCAUUCUAGAUGACAUUGCUAUCUUGAAGAAGAGCCCCCUGGUACUUGAUGUCCCCAUCACAGGCUAUAGCUACGAUGUUAAGACUGGCAAGAUUGAGAAGGCGUAG